UUCAUUGCCUCCUCUGCUCACCACAUCCUUCUAUCGGCACAGUAAUACUGAUACAGUGGUGACGUCAACCACCAUUUAUCACUGUCUAUUCCAAUACACUACAGCCCUUGGCCGUGCACAAGUAGGCUUUACUCUUACUCAUUGCUGAUGAGAACCACCUGCUUUCCAGCUCCUGCGCACACAGUGUCUGCAGUUGCAGUAAUGAUUUAGCCAAGCCAGCUAUGGAAGUGUUGGAGGGCUGAAAUGGACAGCUGAAAGGAUGGGGCAAGGACAUCCAGUCAGAACCAACAUGAGGAACAAACUGUGGGUCCAGAGUAUUUCCUUCUUCCUUUUAUUCCAGUACACUACGCGUUGUGAAAACCUCACUUGUUUUGUGGACUAUGUACAGACCCUGUCCUGUGUCCUGAGAAAUGACUUGGGUGCCGGUUCAUACAACCUCACUGCAACAUGGGUUUCUGAGGAAGAUGCAGAAAAUACUGUGGCUGCCUGCAGUCUCCUGCAAUUGUCCAGGAACACCAGUCACACGCAGUACAUGUGCACUGUGGACAUGACUGAAAUUCUGGCAGAUAUCAAAGUCCAGGUGGAUGUUACAGAGACAACUGAUAGGCAGCACGUGAUUUCCAAAGGCUUUUAUAUGGCAGAGAACAUCAAACCACAGCCUCCGUUCAAUCUGACCGCUGUGUUCUCAGAGGGUUACAAUAUUUCUUGGGAAACCAUCUACCAGAACUCUCCUUUCUACUUUUUGAAUGAGGAACUGGAAUAUCAGCUGCGUUAUAAGAGAAGGACCGACACCUGGGAGACUCAGAAGACUAAAACUAUCCAUGAAGAUAAACGGAUGCUGGCAAUCCUGCCAUGGGAACUCCAGGCGAACACUGAGUAUGAGUUCCAAGUCAGAGCCAGACCCCGAGAAGACACUGGCUACCAUGGAUUUUGGAGUGAAUGGAGUCUUCCGCUGACGUUGAAAACCAGCCCUGCCGUGACACAAACAGUGGGCAUGGGAUGGCUACUGCUGUUUGGUGGUGUGGCAGUCGCUGCCUCAAUCGCAACCUUUCUGGCCAAACAACGGAGCUUGUGGAAGAAGAUGGUUUGCAUCCCAGACCCUGCUCCCUUUUUCAAACCUCUUUAUCUGGUGCAUAAUGGAGAUUUCAAGAAGUGGGUUGGUGCAUCCCAUAAGAAAAUGACCCUCGACUUCUUUGAAUGGGGAAUAGUCCUUCCAGAAGUCCUAGAAGUUUACACCAUGCGUCCUUCUAACAGCACCUCACAGGAGGAGCUGCGUGAGCUGAGAAAAGAAGAUCUGCCUUGCAAGCCCUGCGCGUCUUGCUUGACUGCCCCAGGUCAGGAUAGCCAGUCCCCGCUGUCUAGCGUGAACAGCGGCAGUGGGACUCAGGACCGGUCAUAUGGGCAUUUGUCCAUUGAUACUGUGACUGUGGCUGACGAAUUUACGCCUUGUAACUGUCAGUGCAAGUGUAACCGUGUGUACAGGGGACACGAGCAUCCCAGCGAGGAAGACGGUGGUGCUGGAGAAACUGGUUACCCCAAGGUUAACGUUGAUGAUGAAGACAGAAAGACACCCACUGACUUGCAUCUGGCUGACCUGAGCACGCAGGACAAAAUACUUGCUUCAGGUUCUGUGUCCACAGACCACCUGAGGAGUACAAGUGUCCCAGCCCACCAGCAAGUAGAAAGGGCUUUGGAAGGAGGGAUGGGGAGCAUCCUAGAAGCCCUUUGCUUGCAGCCUAAUCAGUGGGAUUUGGAAAAUCCAGGUUCUCUACCUUCUCCUGAUGGUGAAAGUGUUUCCUACAGUGAAGGCUCCUACGACUUCUUCCCUCACGUUGCAAGGCCUGGUGACAGUUACCCUAUGAUCUGCGUAGAUUUGGACACUAUUGACAGUGGCUUUGUGGACUCGGACUGUGGGAGUCCAGUUGACUGUGAAUUUGAGCAAAACAGUCAGACCAACUGUGGGUCCAUCCCUCUUGAGAGGGAGGGGGAGGACUUUCCACGGAGCUACGUCAAGCAAUGGGUCUCCUGUAGCUCUGACAGCCCUGUCAAUGGGACACAGACAACCUAAGAACUUGAUGUUGCCUUGCAGAAUGUAGGGCCUUUUCCAUACUGUGCUGGGAGCAAAGUGUUAGCAAAAUUCAGAAGAGAAACAAAGUUUACUUUGUGUAACCUCUAUUACAUACAACUGAAAAAUAUUAGGUCCAUAGAAAUAGAUGCUUAAUUCUAUUGUCACUUAUUCUGUUAAUGUCUCACUUGGUGUGAUUGACUCUUUUUUUUUUUUUUUUUUUUAAGAAUCCUAGGUCAAACCCCCUUAUAAUGGCAGAAAAAGCAACUGUACCUUGAAAAGUACCCUUUCGCCUAUAUAGAUGUGCAAAUUUUUUUGACAGUAACCUUAAAAAGAGUACAAAACUUUAAAUUAUUUUCCCUGGCAUUCUCACAUGACUUGAGAGUUUGGAUGUACAUGGAAUCUUAGAAGCAAGUGUGUUUGUUACAUUAAAGUUCCCCUACCCUUUCCAAAUAACACAGGUGGUGUUACUUUUCCUACUAAUAACUCUGGCUCUUUAAACCUAGCUGUAAUAUUUUGUUAAUUAUGGAGUGUCCCAGCCUUGUCCAUGCGAUAUUAUAAAAAAAAAAAAUUCUCAUAUGAUCAUCACAGAAUUUUGUGUCCAAGAGACCAAACACAACUCAGGUUUCAGAAAAACUUUGCCUUUCCAGGUGGACUCUACAAAUGAAAAGCCUUCAAAACACAUAAACCUCCAGACAAACUCUUGUUCUCAGGGUUUUCUCCUGAAUCAGUAUCUCUCCCAGCAUUUUCCAAGCACGUUAACUGAAACAUUAGGCAGUUGUUAGAACUAGAAAUUUCAGAAACGUUGUCCUACCUGGACGUGCCUGCAGCUCCAUCUUCUGCCUUCGACCUUGUCUGCUGCAGUUAACAGGUCAGUAGCACAAAGUUUGAGCAAUUUUUGCUACCUAAUAAAGCCAACCAUGAAACUGCUGUUUGCACUGUAACUGUGAAUGUUUCCCUCUGACAUCUCUGUAUCUCUGUUUUGUUUACAAUAAUUGUCUUAAAAAGUUACUAUAAUCCUGAUAUUGAA